GCAAAGACGUCCAGGAGCCUUUGCUGAGACUGGGGCCAGAGGCGUCUGCCUCCCGCCGCGCCAGUCGGGCUGGGACGCCUCGCUUGGGGCCCUGAAAAACCUCCAGGCAUCUCCAAUGGAUCUGUGAUCGAGGUGGGCAGCUCUCCCAGCAGCCCUGGACAGCAGCCCCCGGCCGGCGGCAUGUGGCUGCGGCGCGUCUCCGGCACCGCGGUGACCGCGCUCCUGCUGGCGCAGACUGGCCUCCUGCUCUUCCUGGUCUCCCGGCCCAGGCCGCCGUCCCCGGUGGGUGGCGAGGAGAGGGUGCACGUGCUGGUGCUGUCCUCGUGGCGCUCGGGCUCGUCCUUCGUGGGCCAGCUCUUCAGCCAGCACCCCAGUGUCUUCUACCUGAUGGAGCCCGCGUGGCACGUGUGGGCCGCUUUGUCGCAGGGCAGCGCGGUGGCGCUACACAUGGCGGUGCGCGACCUGGUGCGCUCCGUCUUCCUGUGCGACAUGGACGUGUUCGACGCCUACCUGCCGUGGCGGCGCAACCUGUCGGACCUCUUCCAGUGGGCGGAGAGCCGCGCGCUGUGCUCGCCGCCCGCCUGCAGCGCCUUCCCGCGCGGCGCCAUCAGCAGCGAGGCAGUGUGCAAGCCGCUGUGCGCGCGGCGGCCCUUCGACCUGGCGCAGGAGGCCUGCCGCUCCUACAGCCACGUGGUGCUCAAGGAGGUGCGCUUCUUCAACCUGCAGGUGCUCUACCCGCUGCUCAGCGACCCGGCCCUCAACCUGCGCAUCGUGCACCUGGUGCGCGACCCGCGGGCUGUGCUGCGCUCGCGCGAGCAGACGGCCAAGGCACUGGCCCGUGACAACGGCAUCGUGUUGGGCACCAACGGCAAGUGGGUGGAGGCCGACCCGGACCUGCGUGUGGUGCGCGAGGUGUGCCGCAGCCACGUGCGCAUCGCCGAGGCCGCCAUGCGCAAGCCACCAGCCUCCCUGCGCGGCCGCUACCGCCUGGUGCGCUUCGAGGACCUGGCACGGGCGCCGCUGCCCGAGAUCCGCGCACUCUACGCCUUCGCAGGCCUGAGUCUCACGCCGCAGCUCGAGGCCUGGAUCCACAACAUCACCCACGGGGUCGGGCCAGGCGCGCGCCGUGAGGCCUUCAAGACUACGUCCAGGGACGCGCUCAACGUCUCGCAGGCCUGGCGCCACACGCUGCCCUUCGCCAAGAUCCGCCGCGUGCAGGAGCUGUGUGCGGGCGCACUGCAGCUGCUGGGCUACCGGCCAGUGUUCUCUGAGGACGAGCAGCGCGACCUCGCCCUGGACCUCAUGCUGCCGCGCGGCCCGAGCAGCUUUAGCUGGGCGUCGUCCACUGCCGAGCGCUCCGGGCCGUAGCAGAGGCCCCCCGCUGUGGCUGGCGGUUGCCAGGGCCAGGAGACCUGCGCGUGGUGGGGAAGGAGCUGGGGCGCACGAGGCCGGGAGUUUGGGAGGUCCCCCACGUAGUAGGAAAGGACCGAGUCCCCAGACUAUGGUUCUUUCUCCCCACUUCUUGUUUUUCCCUUGAAUCCUCUUUAGGAGCUAGAUUCCCGCCACGCACACUCUUCGUGGAAAGCAGACUCGUGCCCCCACUUCCCCUGGGCCCAGGGAAUAAGUUCAGACGACUUGGCUCCUACUCCAGCACUUUCUUUCCCCUUAAGUCUCCCUUGGGAUGCCUCAUCCUGCAGCUGAGAAGGCUGUCCCGGCCCUGCCUGGGAGUGGAGGGACACUGUGGUGAGCUGGUCCCUGAAGUCGGUACAUCUCCCCCUGCACACCCCCCGUGCCUCUGGCACCACACGCCACCAAAGCCAGUGCUUUGAUAUUCACCUGUAUCUUCAGUUAGGAAAUCAGCCAAGGUGCCUCUCUCUUGUGGUCUCCCCUUAGUCUCUCUCUGCCCCAAUCUCCUGGGAGCCCACAUGCCCCCAUCACCUGCCCAGGGAAAGUGAAACUUUGAUUUGUCCUGACAGGAAAGAGCCUACCUACAGAAAUAAACAUAAUUCACCUGUAUGAUACAGAUUAGAGUUCACAGCCUGUAAAGUUUGACAAGCAAAACGCAAAAGUGAAGGGACUUGUCCAAGGCCACACGAUGAGAAGGAGGAUGAAGGGAGGUGGGGGGGUUUGCUCCGGGGCCGCAGUGGGGAGGAGAGGGUGAAUCAGGCUUGCAGAGGCCUGUCUCCUGGACGAAGAAGGGUCAGGUUUUCCCAUCUUAUUUGCUCGAGGGAUCAGCAGGCAGCCAUGGCUAGGGCCGCAGCUGCGAGGUGAGAUGUGGGAAGUGGUGAGCUCUGGGUCCAGUGUGCAGAGUCUAGGGAGCCUCCUAGAUAAGCCUGGAGGGAGGCGGUGAGGGGGGAAAGUGGAGAGAGAGAAGGCCGGGCAGGCCAGGGCAGCAAGCCAGGCAGAGCGUGUGGCCGAGCAAGAGAUUGGCAGCAAGAUCAGUGCCUGGAGGGCAAGUCACGGGGUGAAUGUAACGAGAUAAAGCUUGCCGGGGAGCUUGGAAGAAAAAAGGCUCUGGAGUGGUUGUCUUCCUGUGGUCCUUAUGUGCCAGGCCCUGGAGAAGAGCAAAGUACGAUUCCUAGC